AUGGCAGCCGCACCGUCACAACCAGCACCCAUAGACAAGCGCCCGGACUCGCGUCGUUUGGCCGACUUUGCUGCCAAAGCAGCCGAAACAUUCGUCUCGGCCUACUAUGCCGCAUCCGAUUCUCCACAGCGUACCAACCUGGUCCCCACACUCUACAUACCCACGUCGUCGAUCGUAUGGAACGGUACACCCAUCAGCGGCCAACAGGAGCUCACAGCGAUGCUCAACAGUAUGCCCGGCAGCAAGCAUGAAGUCCAGGCGUUUGACUGCCAUGCGCUAGGCGGUGCAGUAGACGGAGCCACGUUCAUCCCACCAUCAAUCAUGCUCACCGUCUCGGGCACAGUCUCGCACCACACGCCCGAAUCCUCGUCGGCACUCAACCCCUCUACCUCAACCGCACCCAAGUCUGCAACCUCUUCCACACACGGCGUCAACCGCAACCGGGGCAACUUUGAUCCGGAUGCACCGAUCACGUCGCAUCCGCGGGCAUUUUCGCAGAACUUCGUUCUGGUCGUCAACAGUGCAGGUGGAGACGGGGGUGUGGCGUGUUCCAGCGCUACGGGGAAGGAUGCGAGUGUGGUGUUGAGUGCCAAGUAUGUUGUGCAGGCGGAUAGUUUCAGGUUUGUAGGUUAG